GGUUUCGCGUUUUCUAUUUACCUCACUCGUGUAUCACAUUCCGUAUUAUUGAAUGGCGGAGGGAGAGCGAUGUUAGCCAUGGGGUAAAUCUGAAGCAAAAGAAUGGACUUUUGGCGAUUAUUUGUCAUGUAAUCUUCAUAUUAUUCAAUUUCAUGGCACUUUUAAACUCAUCAAACCGGUUUAUUUAUUUGCUGAUAACAGUUAGUCAUUUGCAGUGGCGAGCAAGCUAAAAAACUACGACAGAAAGUAAUGAAGGGAAAGACAUUUAAAAUAUAGUCAAGUAAGGUUACUUCUCCGUUUCGCUUCCGAUCUGACAGUUUUCGCUUUGUUAAUCGUCAACAUUUGAUCUCGGCUAUACGAAGAGGCCUGUAAAUGGAUCCAGCGGUUUUGCGUGAAAGUCCUGCGGGUUCAGGAGCACCUUCAGUGGAGGACAGAGGAGGAAAUCAGCCGGAGGAGGUGACAGAUGAUAGCAGAGAAGCUGAUGGGGAAUCCGAGGAGACCGAGAUGGAGGGUAAAGACUCUAAAAGGCAAGAUGAAAACUCACUACAUGAAAAACUGACUGAGGAGGAAUUAGAUCCAAGAAUCCAGGAGGAACUGGAGCGUCUGAAUGAGGCCAGUGAGGAGAUCAACAAAAUGGAACUGGAACUGCAAGAGGUUCGGUCCAGCCAUAGGAGGAUAAUGAGUGAAUCUGUGCUUAAACUCAAGGCGAAAAGUUCAGAACUGGGGUCCUGCAUCGAGAAGGCCAGGCCGUACUAUGAGGCACGAAGAAAAGCAAAAGAGGCCCAGCAGGAGACCCAGAAAGCCGCACUCAGCUUUGAGAGAGCCGUGUCCAUGCACUCGGCUGCUCGAGAGAUGGUCCACGUGGCUGAACAGGGCCUCACUGCAGUCAAGACACUGGAUCCAACCUGGCAAGAGAUGUUGAAUCAUGCUACCUCAAAGGUGAACGAGGCGGAGGAGGAGCGCAUGAAGAGCGAACGGGAGCACAUGCGUGUCACCCAGCUGUGUCAGGAGGCCGAAGCCUGCGUGCAGGAGCUGCAGAAAUCGCUGAAGAGAUCCAUCGUCAAGUCCAAGUCUUACUUUGAGCUCAAGGCUCAGUUCAAUGACAUUCUAGAGGAGCACAAGUCAAAAAUUUUACUGUUAGGGGAGCGUAUUUCCAAAGCCAAGUUAAACUACUCCAGCACCCUGCGCCACCUGGAGCAAAUCAGUGAGGAGAUUCAUGCCCAGAGAGAGCAGGACCAACCAAAGGAUGGACCAAUCAAAACGUGCGGUGGGCGGAGCCCUCCUGUAGGAGCAGAGACAGUCAGCAGCACAGGUACCGAAGGCGGAGCCUGCGGAGGCUACCCGAGACCAAACGAUUGGGUAGAUGGAAAAGAGGGCGUGGCUAAUACCAGAGAGUGGGUGGAGACACAUAAGAACUCCAGGUGGGUGGACAUGGGAAGAGCAGACGUGACACGAUCUGGUUCAGACUCUCUUUCCAUCGUCAGCCUCCAGACCAUCAUCUCUGAUCUCAAAAAGUGUGAUUCGGUCGAACACCUGGGCCGCCUCAGCAGUGACAUCAGUCUCUCAGGGGAAGAAGGGGAGAGAGACGGGCUGGAGAAUGAUAAAAUGCGAAUGAGGCAAAAAAACGCACACAUUUCAGAGGAGUUCCUCAAACAACACAUAAGAAGUGUCAGUUUAUGAGUGCGUCCUUGAAUAAUGCUCACGUUUCAUCGUUUUUAAGCUUGUUUCUGGACUGACAGAGUAACUCAUAA